AUGGCUGUCUUUUCAAAACCCCUCUCUUCCCACCGCCUCACUAGCGCGUCUGCCAAAGCCAUAGUCAACGACCUUACACGUCUGUAUCUCCAGCACCGAACACGCAUAUCGCGCGCUGUCUACCUCACCCUCUUCGUCGCACUCAUAAACCGCAUACGGAAUGCCAUUGCCGAGCAAAAAGCUGCGUCGUUACGGCGCGCUUCCAAGUUGGCGGACAAGACAACAGCAGGCGAAGGUGAAGCAACAGGCAGGAAGAAGGUCGAGCUGAACAGGGAAUUCUUCAAGAACCUGCUCAGACUACUGAAGAUAUGUAUACCCGGGUGGAGGAGCAAGGAGUUUCGGCUCCUAAUUGGACAUAGUGUGUUCUUGGUGUUGAGGACGAUGAUCAGCUUGUAUGUUGCGGAGCUGGACGGGAGAUUGGUUAGUGCGCUUGUGAGGGGAAAGGGAAGGGAGUUCCUCUUGGGUCUGGUAUGGUGGAUGGCUGUGGCUAUUCCAGCGACCUUCACGAAUAGUAUGCUCUCCUACCACCAGUGCAAGCUCUCCCUCCAAUACCGAACACGCCUCACGAAUCAUAUCCACUCGAAGUACCUCUCCCAAAUGACCUUCUACACGCUUUCUGCCCUCGACGAUCGCAUUGCAAAUGCCGACCAACUCAUAACCGUCGACGUAUCCAAGUUCUCCAACUCGCUCGCAGAACUCUAUUCCAAUCUCGCCAAACCCGUUCUAGACAUAAUAAUCUACAACUACUCGUUGUCACGUAGCGUUGGUGGCGAGGGGCUGUUCUUCAUGUCCCUUCUGGUCCAGAUCUCGGCCAAUGUCAUGAGGGCACUGACCCCGCCGUUUGGUAAAUACGUAGCAGACGAAGCGAGGUUAGAGGGCGAGUUUAGGUUUCAGCAUUCCAGGCUGAUUGACUGGAGUGAAGAAGUAGCGCUAUAUGCGGGACAUGAGGCGGAGAAGGAUACCUUGGAUAAGGGUUACUUUACGCUGAUCAAGCAUGUCAAUCGGAUACUGAGGAGGAGAUUCUAUCAUGGAGUCAUGGAAGAUUUUGUGAUAAAAUACUUCUGGGGUGCGCUGGGUUUGUUGCUCUGUAGUGUGCCAGUCUUCUUCAAAGUCCCGGGAACGGGCGGCAUGACUAUGGGGGACCGGACGGAGAGUGAGAAUCCCCAAACCGCAUCAUCUCUUGUCCAGCUUGAGAGAACUUCUUACUGA